CUUACAUAAGUACAACCAGGUAUAGCUAUUUUUUUUACAGAGGGAUCAGUGCCCAUGUUAGAGCUUUACCCAGAGAGCUGUAGUUGUGGGCUGCCCUGUUCUCCCCUCUUCUUUCUCUUUAAUAUGUAGAGCCUCUUAAAAUUAGCUCAGUGAUUCCAUGGGUGAAACACGGGAGAUAAUGCAGCUUUAUAAACUCAGCAAUGCCCAAAUGAUGCCAACAGUUAGGAAGAACAGCCAUUUAAACUGGACUGUGGGAGCGUUGAUUCCUACAAGGGACUGAAAGAAGCAACUAGAAGCAGUUUUUGGCCUUGAGUGAAGUUGAUACCUGAAGUGGACUCUACAAUGGCAACAGGUGGAAGACAAACCCUUAAAAGUGGGCAAAAGAACAGAAGUAUUAAGCACCCAGAUUACAUCAAACCUCAGCCAAACAUCACACAGGAGAAGGAUACGGAGGACAGCAAAAUAAUGGCUGGAGAGACACCUGAGAGGCGGAAAUCCUGGGAGUCUAGCAUCUUCUACUCACUGGGAAUAGAAAGGUUUUGCUUUGGUGGCCAUGAGAUCAGCAUCCACGAAUCGUUUGACUCGUAUGGUGCCCUUAUCUGGCCUGGGGCAGUGGCUCUCUGCAGGUACCUGGAAGCAAAUCACAAGCAUGUCAGUCUGCUAGAUAAGGCAGUGCUGGAGCUAGGAGCAGGAACAGGACUGGUGUCCAUCGUGGCCUGUUUAAUGGGUGCAUGGGUGACAGCCACAGAUCUGCCUGACAUUGUGGACAAUCUGAAUUUCAAUCUCUCACGCAACACACGGGGCCGCUGCAAGUACACACCUCAGGUGGCCCAGCUGACCUGGGGGGAAGACCUGGACCAUAAUUUUCCCAGUUCUGUCUAUAACUAUGACUACAUCCUAUGUGCAGAUGUUGUCUAUCACCACAACUGUCUGGAUGAGCUGUUACUCACCAUGAAGCACUUCUGCAAACGUGGAACAACCGUGCUCUGGGCCAACAAGAUCCGCUUCUCCUCAGACCUGAAUUUCAUUGAAAGUUUCAAGAAGGCCUUCAACACCACACUGCUAGUGGAGGUUCCAGAUGAGAUGAUACGAAUCUACCAGGCCACAGCACAAGAGUGAAUGUGAGGAAAGACAGCAACUGAAAUACAAAACUAGAUUAAAAAUAAAACUUGCCUUUAUAAUUUGCAAAAUAACAAAUUUAAAAUAUAUAAAAGUUGUAAAACUCAAUUCUACUGAGAAUCUGUGGCAAGAUUUGAAAAUUGCUAUCCACCAACAUUCUACAUCUAGUCUGACAAAGGUAAAAAAUCUCAAUUAUGUCCAUUUUAAUUCCACUGCAAAAGUCCACAGGGGUGAAUACUUAAGCAUGACACUGUAUGAUUAACUGUACGUUUGUGUAUAUUUAAAUUAUCAGUCAUAAAACACCACAUGACAGCUAAGAAUUAAUGGUAUUUAAUUUUAAGUUUAAUUACUUACACUUAUCUAAUAACUUUUGUUUGCACAGUUCUAAAUUAAACAAAAAGUUCUGUAUUCUGAAAAAAAAAAAAAAAAAAAAAAAAAAAAAACUUUACGCAAUGUUGACAGAUGAAGCCCUAGGCUAUGCUAAGAAAAUAUGAAUUUUAGAUGAAUACAUUUUUGAUUAGUCUGUUUAUCAAUAAACACAUGGCUAUUUCAUCAAAGUUUAAGUGUCUUACUAUUGAUUCCCAUAUUAUCCAGAAAUACUCUAGUGUUGUCAAGCAAAGCUAACCUGCUUGCAAAAAAAAAAAAAAAAAAAAAAAAGAAAAAAUCUUUAGCAGCUGAAGCAGCUGGUGAACCCAGAUGGAUUCAUGUUUUUACUGAAGGUAACUUGAGGUUGUAAAAAACAAUGAGAUUCCGUCAAUAUUUAAGCCACCUUAACAUUGCCAAGUGAAUAAACAACCAGCAUGCUUGUUUUGUACCUAAUGACAAAAUAAUGAAAAAUUGCACUCAGUUCUUAUUUCUCUUGUCGUUAUGAAUAUGGUUUAGCACCCAAAUGUUCAAUUUCCAAGAACAGGGUAGAGGGAGGCUGACAAGUUGGACAUACAGUAGUAUAGUGCAAAUAUGGCGGUGUACCCAAUAAAGUAGCCAAUGUGUAUAUACAUAGAUGAAAAAACACUUAGGCUGUAAUUACAAACAGCACAACAGAAAACCAAUGAAGGUCAAUAGUACCCUUGGUCAAGUAUCUUUUGCAAAUACAACUGCAUAACUACCUGCCUAACUACCACCAAAACUGCCAUUGUUUAUGUUCUUUCAUUCCUGAAAGACAUUCUGAAGUUGUUUCCAUGAAAUUGUCUGCUAUCAGAGUGUCACCAUGUCAUGUAGGUUUCAUCUGUGCUUUAUGGGUUUACAGGUCAAGAGAGAGAUCUUGGAUCUGCCCUGAUAGUAUGCCAAAACCCAGUUUCUCCACAGCAGCUGGUAGAGGGAGCUGCCAUUGCCCCUCUCCCGUUAUUCUUGUGACAUUGUUGUAGUGACCAUCACGUUGGGAUAUAAUGCAAAGCUGGGAUAUAAUCGGGUGAAUUGUAAUCAAAUGUGGUCCAGAUGGAACAAUGCUCAAUAUGGUCACCUUUAAAAUUGUUCCAUCUGGACUACAUUAGAUUAAAAUUCAUCUGUUUUGUGUUACAUAAUAUAUAAUACUGUGGGACUGUGAAAUGGGAAAAGCUUUAACAGCAUCCAAAACCAGUAUCUAUGACAUUCUCUCUUGGCUCACACAUAAUUUAAAGGCCAUUUUAAAGCUCACAGUGCCACCUUCAGGCAGCAACUACUAGGUCCAAACUAGAAGAACAGCCACAAA